AUGGGCCAGUAUCCCGAUGGACUCAGAGGCCCACUGGUUAUCCACGACCCUGCGGACCCAUACAAGGACCAGGUCGACGAAGAGGUCAUCCUCACUUGCACUGAUUGGUACCACUCCCAGACUAUCCCGCUUGUGCAGGCUAUGCUUCAACCGAGUAACACGCAAUUCCGACCUCCGCUGCCAGACAGUAUCCUCAUCAACGAAGGAGGAAGCACUCAAAUCAAAUUCGACAAAGGGAAGACCUAUCGUUUUAGGAUGAUAAACUUCGCCGCUUUUGGUUCUUGUCUGGCCCACUUCCAAAAUCACACGCUGCAGGUGAUAAUGCAGGAUGGGUCGUACAUAACCAAAGCCGAGGCUUCUCAGAUCUAUCUGGCUCCUGGCCAGCGGUAUGACGUCCUGAUCUCGGCUGCGGCCAGCGACAGCGGCAACUACCCAUUCCUCUUUGCUCUCGAUGUCAACCCAGACUUCCGUGCUCCGGUCCUCGGCUUCCCCUACAACAAGACCGGAUACCUGGUGACGGACCCAUCCCAGAACAGCACCUCUGUCGACGUUGUCAAUGUGUGGAACCCUGUCGAUAGCAGCCUCUUCAGCAACCCCACUGGGGAGGGGCCUCUUGGCCCCGUUGGUACGACCAUAACGCUUGACGUCCAAUUCUGCUUCGACAACAACAGCAUCCCGCGCUCAUGCUUCAACGGCAAGCCAUACGUGCCCCAGCGAGUACCGUCGCUGUACUCUGCAGCCACCACCGGCGAGGACAACUCAAACCCAGUCGUCUAUGGUGGCGUCAACCCCUUUAUCGCCCCCGCGAGCCAGAUUAUCGAGAUCGUCGUCAACAAUCUGGACACUGGUAGCCACCCCUUCCAUCUGCACGGCCACCAGUUCCAGGUCCUGGCGGCGCCGGCCUCCAACUCGGGGUCCUUCUCCGGCGACACCUCCAACUUCCCCACCCACCCGGCAUACAAGGACGGCGUUGUGGUCAACGCCAAGUCGCACGCCGUGAUCCGGUUCUGCGCCGACAACCCGGGCACCUGGCUGUUCCACUGCCACAACGAGUGGCACGUCGAGAUGGGCCUGACGGCGACGGUGAUAGAGGACCCCGACAAGCUCCGGGGCCUAACAUUCCCGCCGGACCACAUCGCCGCCUGCAAGGCGCUGGGGCUUCCGUACCAGGGGAACGCGGCCGGGAACACCCAGAACUACACCGACACGGCGGGGAUGCUUUUUGUAAACCCUGCUACAUACACCGGGUGA